CAUGUAAAAUUAACAUUGUUGUAUUUUUGUUACAGAUUAGUUCAUCUUGAAGCUUUGAAAAAUGUCUGAAAGAAAAGUUCUGAAUAAGUAUUACCCACCCGACUUCGAUCCUUCAAAGAUCCCUAGAGUAAAGGGAUCGAAGAAUCGCCAGUUCACUGUCCGUCUCAUGGCCCCUUGCAACAUGAAAUGUUAUACGUGUGGCGAAUAUAUUGCAAAAGGAAAAAAGUUCAAUGCUCGGAAAGAAGACGUUGACAACAUGAAUUUUUUAGGCAUCAGAAUUUACAGGUUCUAUAUCAGGUGUCCUGGAUGCAUAUCAGAAAUUUCCUUCAGGACAGAUCCCGAGUCGACGGAUUAUGUGCUGGAGGCUGGAGCUCAUAGAAAUUUCCAGGCUCUGAAAUUAGCAGAAGAGCAGGCCGCUAGAGAAGCACAAGAGGCUCAGGAGGAAAUAGAGUCUAACCCAAUGUUGCUUCUCGAGAACAGAACGCAACAGUCGCAGUAUGAAAUGGAUCUCUUGGAGACAUUGGAAGACCUGAGAGAUCAGAACGACAGGCACGCCAGUAUUGACUUGGGUGCAGUUGCUGGAAAGUAUCAGAAAGAAAGAGAACUUACGGCUGAACAGAUCGACGAGCAGGAACGAAUGGAAGCCUUCAGUGCACUUGGAUACGAAAUGAUUGAAGGAAAACUAGUGAAGAGACUCAAAGAGGAAGACUUAAAAGACGAAUUACCAUCGAAGAAAAUGAAGGCCGAAGGAUCUUUAGGAUCAGAUUAUCUUACUAACGGGAACCCUUCGGAUGUGAAAAAGUCACAAAAUUCACUCAAAACUAAAUUGAGCGGUUUGGUCAAGAAGAAAACUCCAUCAACAAAACCGCCUAGUCAAAACAUUGGACAAAACCGAGGCUUUUUGUCAAGGAAUAAAUCAGUCGAUAUUCCUGAUAACGACAGACUAAAAAUGCCUCCCCCAUCUCACUUUCGUCGCAUUGUGCAAAGUAACGUUACCGCGGAAUCGAGUUCAUCUUCAGACAAUUCAGCACAUAUUGAUGGACCUGACGACAGCGGCAUUGUAAUAGACUCUAAUAAUUUUCCGACAUCAAGCUCUGGUGUUUCAAUAGAACAAGAUACUGGCGUUGGUUUAGCUACUGAUAGUUCUAAUAAGAACAAGUGCAGCAGCCUCACAUUGUUAGGUCAAUAUUCUGACUCCAGCUCAGGCUCAGACGAUGACUGAUGACAUUCAGUUAUGAUGCUUAUCCUGGCGUAGUUGAUCUAAUUUGAUAUUUAAUUAAUGAAUUUGAUGAUUCCCUCUUCAAAUCUAUUGGUGAAUGGGGAUAAAUGAUUUUAAAUCCUCAUGGCUAUGAGGAGAAUUUUUAUUGAAAUAAUCGUUAAUUUUCUUUGCGCUAACUAGUGCGGUCAUGAAUCAAACGCUAUUAAAUGGCACGAGUCUGACAUGUUUAAGAAUGAAAUAUUUGUCGGUGACGAUGUGAGA